AUGCCACUUUCCCAUCCCAUCCUCAUCAUCGGGGCCGGGCUCUCAGGCCUCACAACUGCCCGCCUCCUUACCAAUGCUGGGAUCCCCUGUAUUGUCUUCGAGGCCUCCCCUCCCUCCCGCAGCCAGGGUUACGCCAUCUCUCUCCGCGACUGGGGCUUCAAUUCCCUCAUCGCAGCGCUGGGAAACCUACCACUGUCCAGUCUAACAAGAGCCGUAGCCCCAGACCGACACAUUGGCGGCUGGGGCUGGCUCGACCAAUCCUGGCGAAAUAACCAAACGGGCUCAAUCAUCCUCAUGCCGCCGCGCGAGCCCAAAGAGAAGCCGACAAUUCUUCGGGCGAACAGAAAUGCACUCCGGACGUGGAUCGCAGACUGCGGCGAGGAAGAGGUGGACGUUCGAUACGGACACCAACUUACAAACGUCACUCUCCCCAAGAGCCCUGAUGACGAUAAUGAUAACGGUGGUAGUGGAAACGGAGACAUCGUUGUCGAAUUCUCAAACGGCGCACAAUACCACGGCUCCCUCCUCAUAGCCGCCGACGGCGUGCACUCCACCGUCCGCUCUUUGAUAUUGCCAUCCAUAACGCCCGAAAUCGUGCCCGUGCUCGUCUACCACGGGGACUUCAAGCUCAGCCGCGACGAGUACGAGGCCAUAAUCCGGCCACACAGCGGGGAGUCCACGAUUGUAGCGGGAGUGGGGGACGGCUUCAACACGCCGCUAACGGUAUGCAAUAUCACGAACACAACGGUGCACAUGGACUGGACGUACUCGCGGCCUAGUAUCCCGGACAACGACCCGCUGUACAGCCCGAACAUCACGUCCGAGGAGGCGAAAGUCAUCCCCGAGGCGCUGGUUCAGGAGAUUAAUGAGAGGAAGCUGGGUGAGCCGUGGUCGCUUUUCUUGAAUGGGGAGACGAUGAGGGGGCAUCGGGUAUUUAAUUGGCUGACGAGGUGUGUGACAAUGGAGAGGGGAGAUGUGGAUUCUGUCGCGAAGAAAGGGGUUGUGUUUGUUGGAGAUUCGUGGCAUGCGAUGCCUAUAUUUGGGGGGGAGGGAGGGAACCAUGCGAUUCUUGAUGGGGUUGAGCUGGCGAGGAUUUUGGGGGGCUUGAUGGGUAAGGAGGGAGGGGAUGUACGAGAGGCAAUUGGGGCUUAUUAUGAUAAGGCUUGGAGACGGUGUCAGGAUGCUGUGAGGAGGUCGAAGCAGAGGUUUUAUCAGCUGCAUCGUCCGAUCAGCGAGUGGGAGGAAAUUGCAGAGAAGCAAAAGCGGGCGUAG